AUGGCUCCCAGCACUCGACACUUUCUUCUUCUUCUACUUCUUCUUCUUCUUCUUCUUUUUCUUCUCAAUGUUGGAUCACCAUUUUCACGUCAAUUUGGUUUUGUGUCAAGGUCGGGGCGCAUCGUCUCCGCGACAACACGGUGGCGCUGUUUUCGUCUGGGUCUAGCGAUGAUGGGGUGCUCUGCCACUACUGCUACUGCUACUGCUACUGCUGGCGCUGCGCAUAAACAGGUCUGGGUGUUUGCUAGUACAGUGUAUGGGGGAGCAACAAGGUCGAGAAACGGGUUUCAAUCCAAGACAGAAUGUGAUGUUCAGGACGAGUGGCCGGGUCGUGGGUCAGCGGUCAGUGCAGUGCCAGUACAUACAGUAGGUGUGGGCGUGGGCGUGGGUGGGGAUGUGGAUGUGGAUGUGGAUGUUGAUGUGGGUUGCAGGAGUGUGCUAUUCGUGGACGUGGGCCGUCACGUUUUGGAAGGUUGGGGAGGGGAGGAGGGGGCUUGGACACUCGUAAAGGCGCAAAAAAAAAAACCACAGAGGAAAAAAAGCUUCUGGCGGGCUCUUUUUUGCUCCGGAUGGCUGGUACUCUUGGUUCGCACACACAGUGGUAAUAAUAGCACUACGGGCUUUUUAUCACGUGGCAAAGGAAACAAACUGAGCCAAUGA